CUACGCCUCAGGAGCGUGGGCAGCGGGGGAGGGAGCGGGUGCGAGCCCCGCGCCAGGCAGCUGCGACAGGAGGCAGGCGGCGGGCGCGCGGGCUCUCAGCCAGCCUGCAUCCCAUUGGCCCUCAGGACGCACUCGCUGCUCCUCUCCCCCUGGGCGCAGCGCCUGCCCACUGGUUCCCGCGACUCGGUUUGGAGAAAUUCUUUGACUGCCUAGCAAGGAGAGCGAAACUGGGCUCCGGCGGCCCCCUAGGACGCGCUUUGUGCUUGAGACUCAGGAAGAGACCCUGGAAUGAGCCGUGGAAGGCAGAGCCAGCACUGACAGGACUCGGGCUGCCAAGGCCACCAGCAGGGAGAUGAACAGGCUGGGUCAAAUGCCAUAGCCGGGUGCAGGCGCCGGGCGGAGCGCGCAGGUCGGACUGUGCUCUCCGCGGUCCGCCCUGCGCUGGUGCCCGGCCAGUCCCAGGAUGGGCACUGGAGACCAGGGCCGAGCCCGCUAGAGACUGGCGUCCCUCCUGCGUCCUGAGCUCAUGGACGGCGACUCCCGGCUGGCAGCGGCGCGCCCCCGGGCUGUGAAUGCGACUCGCUCAUCAUCCGCGCUCCCCGCCCGCCCGCCCGCCGGGACGUGGUAGGGGAUGCCUAGCUCCUCUGCGAUGGCAGUUGGCGCGCUCUCCAGUUCCCUCUUGGUCACCUGCUGCCUGAUGGUGGCUCUGUGCAGUCCUAGCAUCCCCCUGGAAAAGCUGGCUCAAGCUCCUGAGCAACCCGGCCAGGAGAAGCGCGAGCACGCGUCUCGGGACAGCCCCGGGCGGGUGAGCGAGCUCGGGCGCGCCACGAGGGACGAGGGCAGCAGUGCCCGGGACUGGAAGAGCAAGGGCAGCCGCGCGCUCUCGGGCCGGGAGGCGUGGAGCAAGCAGAAGCAGGCCUGGGCUGCCCAGGGCGGGAGCGCCAAGGCCGCGGACUGGCAGGUCCGGCCUCGCGGGGACACCCCGCAGGGGGAGCCCCCGGCCGCCGCCGCCCAGGAAGCGAUCAGCCUAGAACUCGUGCCCACACCAGAGCUGCCUGAGGAAUAUGCCUACCCCGACUACCGCGGCAAGGGCUGCGUGGACGAGAGUGGCUUCGUGUAUGCGAUCGGGGAGAAGUUCGCACCAGGUCCCUCAGCCUGCCCGUGUCUGUGUACUGAGGAGGGUCCUCUUUGCGCACAGCCAGAGUGCCCGCGGCUUCACCCGCGCUGCAUCCACGUCGACACCAGCCAGUGCUGUCCGCAGUGUAAGGAGAGGAAGAACUACUGCGAGUUCCGGGGCAAGACCUACCAGACUUUGGAGGAGUUUGUGGUGUCUCCAUGUGAGCGGUGUCGCUGUGAAGCCAAUGGUGAAGUGCUGUGCACAGUGUCGGCGUGUCCCCAGACGGAAUGUGUGGACCCGGUGUACGAGCCUGACCAGUGCUGCCCUAUCUGCAAAAACGGCCCAAACUGUUUUGCAGAAACUGCUGUCAUCCCAGCUGGUAGAGAAGUGAAGACUGACGAAUGCACCAUAUGUCACUGUACUUAUGAGGAGGGUACGUGGAGAAUUGAACGGCAAGCCAUGUGCACGAGACAUGAAUGCAGGCAAAUGUAGACUUCACAAUACAAAAACUCUCAUGUUUUUCUAGAAUAUUUUACUAAUGUGACAUUCUAGAUGACUCUGAGAAAUUUCAAUCAAAAAGAGAAGACUUUGGAUUAAGAAGUCAAGGAAAAUGGUUGUUACUUUUUGUUUUUCUUGGUAACAAUUACAGCAAGAGACAGAAAUGGAUGUAUUUCAAAACAUCAAUAAGAACUUUGGGCAUAAACUCCUUCUCUAAAUAAAUGUGCUAUUUUCACAGUAAGUACACUAAAGUUCACUAUUAUAUAUUAAAUGUGUUUCUAUAAUCCCUCUAUUAGAGUCUUAUAUAUUAAAAAUGCUGUUGUCAACCGUCCUCACUGUGUUACGGCAUAUCUUUGUUAGCUCAUUCCAUCACAAGGGGGCGCUGGUGGUACCAGGAAUCUCUUACACCUGCACGUGGACUGGGGUAGUCCAUUAAAGGAUUACAGAGAAUAAUGACUGUUUUACAUCAAAAUCCUGUUCAAAUGCUAUUUAACUAAUGCUAUGUAUUUAAUGUUUCCCCUCAGAGCAAAAUCUAAUUCACAAAAAUAGGUUUUCUUAUUUUAAUAACUCAUUUCUUAUAUCAGUUCAUUCUUGGUCAUUUGCAAAAUUUAGGUAUCCAGAUUGCUAACAUAUACUUUAUCAGGUCUCAUAGUAGUCCCCAAAUAAACACAAGCAUUUUCUUUUCAUUCAAGGUACCUAUUCUUUUAAGCAUGAGGAAGAGGAAGGUUGGGAUAUCUGUGUUGGUGUCCAUGAAGCUGGGGGUGUUGUUUAAAAAAAAAAAUACUGUGAGAGGAGCGAGAGAGUGGAGGAGUAUUUUGGAUUCAUUGGAGAAUAGUUAAGAGAAGUCAAAUUUGGAACAAGCUUAUGCCUGAAAUAUAAAGUAAGGUAUAGACAUCUCAGGCCUUAGCUCAGUGUACUCAUACUGCUUUUGACAUAGGUAUCUAUCCUCAAUAACAGAGACAUGAUAAAUCUACCUUGCAUCAAGAGCAGCAUGAGGAAGUUAUUCUUUGUCCAAUUAUGUUGAGAAAAGUGAAAAUGAAGGCCUGCAGUCAUAUAUGAUCCAACUUAUCCUGAUUUGAAUGUGGAUGAAUAAAGCUUCUGCUAAGUGUUGCUGAUUCACCCACAGUGACUGGGGAACAGUUCCCUUUCUGUGAACCACAUCAACACUUGGUUCACUAGGGCGAGAGGCAGUCAGGGUCUUAAUAUAUGUAAACAAAACUAAUGUAACUAUUUGUAACCUUUAAGAAUAUUUCCCUACAUUUAUUUUUCUAAUUUUUUAAAAUUAAAUACCUGCUUUAAAAAAUCUUGUAAAGACAAAAGGAAAUGAGGCUGGUUUGUUUUCUUCAUGAGCUUUUUUUUCUAUAGCAUAACAGGACUACACAAUUACACUAUAUAACUGUACUAUACACAAAAUUAGAGGCUAGAAAAUGAAGACUUCUAUAAAAAUUUACUAAAAAGAGCACAACGUAUAUCCCCAAAGCCCUGCCAGAACUUCAGUUAUUUACUAAUAAAUGACAGUAAAUGAAAAUCGAUGCAUUUUUCAUCACUGAAAAUUUGAAUCAUUAUAUACCUUAAUAAAUACAAAAAUUACUACAGAUUUGCAUAUGCCUAUAUUUUAUCUUGAUUUUGGAGACUAUCUUGGGUCAGGUAGACUAGCAUGUACAUCAACUUCAUGAAAAUACUCAGGGGUAUUAUUGGCUAGUUACUCUCAGGUACCUGUUUUCAGCUUUCCAAAACUUAAAUCUUAGUAUGAAAGACUGUUAGGUGUCAUCUUUCCCUUCAUUAUUCAAUGAUAGAUUUUCUUGAGACAACGGUCAUAUAAGGUUACCAUCUUGCCAAAAAAUGACCCCAUCCUCCUAAAAUACAUGGGUUACUAAGCUAGUUAUAAUUACAUAAAACUUGCCUCUUCUCUCCACGAGACAUGGUGAGUUACAGCUCCCGUGUAUGGAGCCCAGUUUUCUUGUUUCCAUUGGCAAUGGGAUCACUACCGACUGGAAAAUUGGCUCUCAAAUUAUUGCAGUGGAACAAAUCAUAAAUGCUAUGAGAAUUUAGCAUUUAUGAAUGAACAAUGAAUGAACAAAUUUCAUUCUUCCUCAGAGAAAGUGAGCACAAUGUUGUGUGGGGAAUGACUUUCUUAAUGGAAGCCAGUGGGUCCCACACGGCCUCAGGCAGAAUUCUGGGAGCUGGAACACAGUGACUGUGACUGCAUUAGAAUAAGCCACAUCAUACAUAAGACAAACAUGGAAGAACCCAGGUUUUCUGCGUUGCAUAGCCUAAGUAAUGAAACAUCAUCAUCAUUACGAAACUGUUCCUCUUGCAUAUCAUUUAGACUUUCAGGUCUAUCAAGCUGUUUAAUAUAUAUACAUUUUCUUUUUCCCCAUCUGCACAGAAAUCUUUGCUAAAGUAUUCAACAAUGCAACAUAAGGUAGAGAACGUUAGCUGCACUGUACAAGCCUCAUAAUUCAAAUGUACUUGUCUUUUAAAUGCCACAAUGCUCUAAAAUUCUUAUAGGCUCAUUCUACAAGGAUUUCAUAGUUAUUAGCGACUUAAUCAAGCUAAAAGGGAAGUUGUGCUUACAAAUGAGUUACAUGAACUUCCAACCUAUAUUUAGGUAUGAAAAUAUGAGCUGUUUAUGUGAGCCAUAGAGGAGCUCCAGAAAGAAUGCAAUCUUAGAAAAGUAGGUCCUUUCCUUUUGGGGUUCAUUCUUCAAUGUUUCCCCCAUACUUUUCAGGGAGGGUCAGGAAUGGUAUUUCUGAAGGCAACAGUCAUCAGGUGCACUGGGACCCUGUGAGGGGCUCGCUGCUAUGCUGUAAAGGUACAGAUGCCAGAGUGUCUGCCUACAGGGAGCUCGCAUACCUCAGGAUGUCGUCAUGCAGCAAUUAUAUUACCUUAUUAAUAUUUUAAUAUUCACAAUAUCAUUAUCUGCUUGGUUUGAUAAAGUAUACCAAGAGAUUAAUUCUCAUAUAUUUUAAAGUUUACUGUAUUAUGCUUAAGCACCUCCUUACUUCCUUAGCAUUGUAUGAGUCUAAAACAUUUUUAAUGUCAAAAAAUUCAGAGAUUUCCUAUUCUUUGGUUUGAUUUUAAACAAUAAAAUGUUUAAUGUUCAUAUUAUUUAAAGCAUACAAAUGUACAACUUAAAACAAGUAUUGUUGAAAACAACAUGUUAUUUUAAAUAUAGACUAUACAGAAAAUUAUAAACAAAGAAUUAUUUAACAAAUGCUAACAAUCUGUUGUUUCAAUAGGCAACAGAUACUUUUAGCUUUCUUACAGUGACUUUUUCUCUAAAACAAGAAGGUAGGGUAAUGUUACAUAUCAUUUCAUCUACACCCUGGGCAGUACCAAAAGUAUAUAGAGUAUGACUCCUAACAGCCUCUCCUCUUUGGUGGUAUCUCCUGUGCCCUGGGGUUCCUGGUGGACCUACUCCACACACUUUUCCUCAGAAGCAGUGUCUGAAAAUGCUUGGCACAGUCACUUAUUCUGGAAUGAAUAAUCUUUACGGUAUCUGUUUAUCACAUUCCAGUUCUCCCUGUCUUGGGAGAUAAGAGAAACCAAAUUCCAUCAUCUCUUCAUGCAAAGCCGGCUUCUUCUGUAUGAGGUUUUUGCUUUCUAAACAUGGAUCUUGUUUUCAUUUGGGUGACUGGAAGAUCCUAACUGCACAGAACAGCCAAGCCCUUUCAGAGCACUUGUCUAUAAAGGCAUCCUGGGGCUAUGGGAGGACACAGCCCUCUGUCGGCAGCAGCUACUAGGCAUUCAGACCCAUCUCUAAACUGUUCUAAAAUUUUCAGUACUGAGAAGCCUCAGAUUGGGGUUCAAUGGGACAUUGAGAUGGAUUGCUAGGAACAAAAAAUUUACUAGGAAAGUCAUGAAGGCUGCGGACAGGCAGACAGUUGGGAACAGCAUGAUAGGGCGUUGGAAGAAAGUUCAGUGUCCAACACCAGAGGCAGACAACACAGCAGGCAUUCUGAAGAAAGAAAAUCAGAAUCCAAGCAGAAGUGAGAGUCUCUUCUUAUACUUUUUUGGGGAGGGGUGUGUCAGGGCACAAGUCUCCACCCAGGCUCUGAGUCCCAUGCCGGAGGCAGGGAAAUAGGUGGGAAACAGGGUAUGUGGCCACCAAUACCCCAUUUGAUGUAAACUCAGUGCCCAGGUGACAGAUCCUGGAACCUGGAGGGUCUUAGCGGGAGACUCGGAGUCUCAGCCGGACACCUGCAGGAGUUUGUGAAAAAUGAACGCUGCUGCAUGCACUGUACUCUGGGCAAUAGCUGAAUCUAACAUUGCAUUCUUAUGUGUAUGUUGGAGCAGAAGUCACUUCUCAAUUGUCAACUCAAGUAUCAUGACUUUUGAGAAGGAUUCUGUAUCCCUUAAUUAGACUGCCAUUCUGAAUCUAUUACAACACUAAUUUGGUGUCAUUUUAGCACCUACUUUAAAAAUUAUGUCAUAAGCCAAGAACGUAGGUGGUUGCAUGGAAGUGUGCUCCAGAAGCACUAAACAGGUAAAUAUAUAAUGACUGGGAUGUACCACAAUGAAAAAGAAACUGCUUCUCAUGCAGAAAGCCCCACUUUUUCUAGUAUUGAAGAAGUUUGUUCAUAGCUAAUGAUUAAUUUCAUGUUUCCUCUCAUUUCUAAAUAUCUCUAAUCCACAUUAUGAGGCAUUCCCUUCCUCAAGCAUGACCUAUUAAAUGUUAAGUUUGGUUUACUGAAUCACAUACAGUCUGCUACACUUGCCUAUCAAACAGUGGCUCAAACAGUGCAUCAAACAAAAGCCCCCGUUGUAUGCCUUCCCUAUUGUUUCAUUUUGGUUUUUUACAGAUUCAUAGCACAUUUCACACAGCCAGGACAUAGACCAUGACCUCCCACAGAUCAGACCCCUCAUUGCUGUAAUGGUUGAGGAUGGAUGUGACAAUCAAUGGUCAGUUCUGAUUCAGGUCAGGAUAAAUUGCUUUGAUGUAAAAGUUCUAAUACUGAAGAACUAAUAAACGCAAUCAAGUUUACACUUUUGGUAUUUCCUUGUUUAUAGCAAUUUUUGGAAUAAAAGUUUCAUAUCCUAGACUUUAGCAUCUUGAGUAUUUCUGCAUAUCUUCAUGUUUCUGUGACUGAGCGCUGAGGUCAGCUUCUACAGAACUGAUGUUAAAUCAGUCAACGCUGUACACAGAGAUCCAGAAGCUCCAAGCCUGCUGGAAAAGUGUAUAAAAGUGACGGCUGUCAAUAUUUCACCAGUGUCAAACUUCACUCUCAUUUGUAAAGCAUUUGCUGUUUUUGCUUUAGCAUAAAAACAUGGAAUGUGAAAAAACCUAACUUUAAAUGUCUAAUUAUUAACUGAAUAAAUUCCAUUGACUUCUACACGAUAUUGUCAAUCAGGGUGAGAAUGUUCACUCAAGAUUCAGUAACAUGAAAACUUAAAUGAAGAUGAGCUCCAAGUGUUUGGCCUGUUGGCAAUUUAUAAUGCAUGAAAUACAUAUCCAUGAUUCUGUAACAAGGACAUAAAACUCUCAAUACAGAUGUAGUGAUAUCAAAGACAAUCAACAAAUUUACCUGAAGUCAUUUAUUAAAUUGUUGUAACUUAUUAACUAAAAAGUAUAAAUAUCUCCCACUUUGGUUACAAUUCAAUUUUCAGGAAGUAGAAACAUUUACCAAUUUUAUUUAAUAUUUAAUGGUAUUUUACUCACUAUUCUUCAAUUUCUAGAAUUUACAUUUCAGUUUCUUUCUAGAUAUAUCUAUGAGAAUGUUCAUUUCCCUAUUCUAUUGAUUGUUUUACAUUAUAAGCUAAGUGCAAUUCUAUUUUUACUUGUCUAUCAGGUUAUUUCAAUUAUCUUAUUUAAUGUGGCUGGUACUGUCCCCACUCUGGACAGUCAGGAAGUUGCGAAAAUGUCUAAAGAUUCAACCUAGUAAAUGCCUGGGCAGAAAUCCAAGUUUGUUUUAUACCAGAACAUGUGACACAAUGUCUUAUUUUUCAUGUUUAGACAAUGAUCUCUAUAUGUGAGACAGCAAUGUCCAAAAUGCUCUUUCAUCCUACUCCCAAGAAGUACAGUGAAUGAACAGCAUACUGGGCUUUCAACUCAACUGUACAGUCCUGACCCUUGGCCGUUAAGAGUAGCUCCUCCCAAAAGUGUUAAUAGCUAUCCCUUUCUACUCGCCACUUUAAUUUCUAAUUAACCUGUAUCUAAAUAUCUUAUUAAAAUAGAUUUUCAAACAUUGGAAGAUUUUUAUGCUUUGUUUAUAAUUUUUAUAUUGCGUUUAUGAACAAAUAUUAUGACUCUUUCUGUACUGGUGAGUUAUUUUUCCUGCUAUGGCAAGAUACCUGACACAAGCAAUGUAAAAGAUAAAAUAUUUAUUUUAGCUUAUGGUUUUAGAUAUUUUAUCUCAUGGUUGCUUGGCUCUAUGUUGUUAAGCAAUGCAUCAUGGUGGCUGAAGAAGUUCUGGUUGGGCAGGCUUUCAUCUGGCAGUGGGAAGCAAUGAAAAGAAGUAGCCAGAAACAAGGUAUAAUGGCCACCAGCACACCCCUAGGAACCUGCUUAUUCCUUUAAGCCUCUCCUCUUAAAGUAUUCAUCAACUCCCAAAACACUUCUAGGAAGCACUCAACACACGAGUUUAUGCUGAAAAGUAGUCAACAUGUGAGCCUGUGAGGGACAUUUCAUACUCAAAUCUUAACGGACAUGAAUUAGCAUUUUAGAGCUAAUGAAGAAAAUUGUCACUUGUUAGCUGACAAUCUGUGGAAAAUACAUUUUCAAACUUUAAAUUCCAGCAACUGGUAUCAACAACUGUGCCGUGAGAAAACAUCAAGUUUCAGUAAAUCAUUGAAGUCAAAUCUGUUUGGUUCCAAAGCCCAGAAAACCUACAGUCAUCAUAGGGCAUAUCUGGGUAAGGAGUUAGAGCAACCUUCGUCCAGCUUUCCUCCUACUUGGAGCAGCUGCUAGCCUUGGACAGUCUUAUUUCAUUCCACAGGUAAGAGCGCACUCUGCGUUCUGAAUCCAGCCUGGGUGUGUAAUCCCUGGCUCCACAGACCGCCUACUCCAGCACACUCCCUGAAGGCCUUAAGUCAGUGAGAAUAACUGACUCUGCUCCAUGUCAUUCUUAGCUUUCACAUUCAGGUCAGUACCUCACAAUCGGGUUUUUCAUUUGAAAACAAUGUUUUAGCUACUUUGUUAUAUACAGUAGCUUGAGGAGAACUCCAGAAGUGAACAUCAUAUAGUAGCAAUGGCUUAGGAAAAUUAAGUGCCUAUUUACUGUCUUGCUUACUUUCUUUUCACUCAGUCUUCUGAAAGUUUAGAUUAGAUUAAGCUCAUUGCAAAAGCAGCCAGUCUAUGUUACACAUUGACAGGUUUGUGAUUUUAAGUCUGUUGGUAAGCAAACAACAACAACAAAAAAUAACAAACUCUUCCCAAUUAAAAGAAUGACACCAAUAUUGGAGGUGACUAGACUGGGCUGGACCCUCCAUGUCCAUUAAACCAUGCCCACUUAUCUUUUUUAUUUCUGACCAAGGAAUCCAUUCCUGCUUUGUAAUAGGUAUGGUUUCAAGAAAAGUGGUUGAUAUGAAAAUAUUAUCUUUAUGUAUCUUUUUGUAGGUUACAUGUUAACUAAAGACAAUUAGUAUAUUUAAAAAUUUACACAUAUGUGUAUAUAACCAUUAAAUCAGAAACAGAAUUGGAUUUCUGUUUAAACAAGAAGAAAUGUCUUUAAAAUAUACAAUUGGCUUUUUUGUACACUAAAGAAUAAAUAUAAUUGAAGUGAUAAAUAUAUGAGGAAAAGCAAAGUGAGUGGUUACUUUGAGAAUGGAGAUGUUAAAUUUUAGAAUACUACACAUGAUGAGGUGUUUAAAAAAGCCUUUAAACUUACAAAACUCAAAACUGUUAAUAUAUAAUGAGCCCCUUUGGAAAAUAAAAAGAAAGCCUGCUUGGCUGGAUGGAGUCAGGACUCAGUGAACAGACUGGACUUAGAAGGCGAUACAUGAUUUUGUCUUCCUUGGCCUUGGACCACAUUUACAGAAUCAACAUCUCUGGAAACAGGGCUGGACCACUGCUAGAAGAUUCUUCAUAAUGUCUCUUGUCGCCUUGACUGCUAGUCUGAGUGGAGUCUAUCACUCAGCUAACCAAGUGCACAUUACCUACCUCUUUGUAACUCAGUGUUUAUCUGCAAAAUGGGAUGAGCACAUCAGCUCCUGAGAGCAUUAAAUGAAUGAAUAUUUCCAACACAAAGUGAGAUAGAUGGCAGUAUAGAGCACAAGUUAUAACUAAGUUCUCAUUAGCUAUGUAAGUGAAAAAAUAUGAGGAAACUGAGAUUUUAAAGUUUUAGAGAUUCUAAGUCAGUGAAAGUAAAUGAUUUACAUAAUAUCUUAUUUUUUAAUCCAUUCAUGUUUUGUGUUUGCCAGAAAAAUGUUUUUGUAUUACCAUAACUUUACAUGGAGCCAAACUGAUAGUAUCCGACCUACUUUGUAUAUGUUGUUGGAUGAGCAUGUGUGUUAUAAACUGAUUUACAAAAUAAAAUAUUUAUUAAACUGCAUUUUGCACUUUGAGGUAGUCACUUUCAAAAUGUUUUUCAAUCUGUU